AUGGUGCUAGCUGCGCCGCCGCCUGCCGCCGCCGGUGCCGCCCGGCCGCCGGCGGCAGCGGCAGCGGCAGCAGCGGGGCUGUCGCCCCUCAGCGACCGCCGCCUGCUGGCCGAGAAGCUGACCCACACGGCCAAGAACAUCGUGUGGGGGGACCUGCGGCACGAGCGGCCGCAGGAGGCGAGCAAGGAGCGCAUCCACGAGCUGCAGGAGCGGCUGGGCUACCGCUUCAGCAACCUCUACCUGCUGCGCCUGGCGCUCAUCCACAGCAGCGCGGCGCCCACCACCCACAACAGCAUCAUGGCCUGGAUCGGGGACGCAGCCAUGUACCUGGUGGUGGCCGAGGAGGUGGCGGCGGCGCUGGGCUACGCGCCCAUCGGGCAGCUCAGCGAGGUGCGCAAGACGCUGAUUGGGCGCGCCAUGUGCGAGAAGUAUGCCGCACACCUGGGCCUCUCGGAAUACCUGGUGCUGGGCAAGAGCGUGCGGAUCCAAAACGCGGGCGUGGCGAGCAGCAACAUGCUGGCCGAACUGUUUGAAGCAGUCAUGGGGGCUGUGUACUUGGAUGGCGACCUGGAUGCCGUGCGGCGCUGCUACAUCUCGCUCUUCCCCCUGCCAGCCGACCCGCUGUCGCUGCUCCAACCUGACGGCAGCGGCAGCACGCCCAGCAGCAACGACCCCAGCCCCUGGGAAUGA